CGUGCGUUGUAUUCACUUUAACAGGUGCACCAUCACCACCACCUCUCCUUCUUUUCCUCAACUCGUUAACUGCACUCUCUUCGUUUUUUCGCGUCUCCCUAUUUCCUCUCACUCUUCGCCUCGACUUUUUUAUCCCUCUCUCCGCCGGUGCUUCCAAAAUCCCUCAAAAACCCCAUCCUUUGAUCCGUCCUCGCGAUUUCCACCGUCGAUUAUAUUGAACCUAUUCAAAUCUCGAGGAUGGUUGACCAGCUCACUGUUAUGAAGGAAUCUAGCGUGCCCAAAUUAAUCCUCUUCUGUUACAACUGAUCAGCCAACUUCUGGGUUAAACUACAUUAUAAGAAAAUGGAUCGUUGUGAUACAUCUGGAUUCGUUAGUGGAGGUGGGAUGAUCCCUUUCAGAGACAUCAAACCCUAGUUCUGUAGCUAAAUUUUUUCAACACUUAACCUAGUUUUGUAGUUUAUUUUAGUGACCCCAGAAGUCAGGUGCACUGUUCAUUAAGAUUGGUAUUAGGUUUGGAAAUCACUCUAGGUUUAGCCAUUACUUCAUGGAUAACAGGAUCCGGAACCUGGGUUUCGCCGCUGAUUACCCUUCAAAUGCAUUCAAGAUUUUGGGCAGUUCGUCGUCUGUUGGAGCAGCUGGCACCAAAUACAGUGCUGAUACUGUCUUGCGCCUUGACUCCCCAGGAUCUUCAGUCCCAUAUGGCUUUUCUUCGAAGGGAACUAAGCGGAAGUGGAAUUUGAUUAAUGGAUCCAUGGGCCAAAAUGUUGGUUCUUCACUAUCUCUUGGGCUUGGCCGCUCCUCAAGCUCUUCAGAUAGCAAGGGGAGUUCAGCAACUGCUUGCACAUCAAUGUCUUCUGCCAUAGAAACUGAUGAAGAGUCCUCGAUGGAUCUUGACUUCUCUCUCCAUCUUGGCAAUGAGAAGAUGUUGAGCCCAAAGAAGCCUGCUCGUUCAUAUCUCAAGGGAAUGGAGCCCAAGGUUGACUUGGAGUUGGGUCUCUCCACUGGUCCUUCUGAAUCUGAUGUUACGAGCAUCCAUCCACCCUCAAGUUCACUUGAAUUUGGCUUUGAUAUGCCAUUGGCUAUGGGUGGAGCAUCAAAUGUGAAUGAAGGAUCGACAUCAUGUAGUUGGAAAUCAAGGAUUACAUUGCUUCCAUCGCAGAUUUCCUCCAACAAAGAAGCUAGCUUCUUCUUCAACCAGAUUCCAAGUACUAGGGAUCCUACUCCCAGUUUUCCAGACCACUCAUCUAGUGUGAUAACAACACCAAAAAGUUCAGUCACCUGUACUUCUGGGAUAAGUCAGCAGCAACAGCCAUAUCAACGCGGCACUAGUUUAAAGUUAUGUCAGGUUGAGGGUUGUGGAAAGGGUGCCAGAGGUGCUUCUGGCCGCUGUAUUUCACAUGGCGGAGGCCGAAGGUGUCGGAAAGCUGGUUGUCUCAAGGGAGCUGAAGGCCGAACAGUGUACUGCAAGGCCCAUGGGGGUGGUCGCCGCUGUGAAUUCCUUGGUUGCACAAAAAGUGCAGAAGGUCGCACAGAUUUUUGUAUUGCGCAUGGUGGUGGCCGGAGAUGCAGUCAUGAGGGCUGCACUCGAGCUGCCAGGGGGAAAUCUGGUCUGUGCAUCCGACAUGGUGGUGGUAAGAGGUGCCAGAAAGAAAAUUGCACGAAGAGUGCAGAAGGCCUCUCUGGUCUUUGCAUUUCGCAUGGAGGUGGUCGUCGAUGCCAAUUCUUAGGAUGCACCAAAGGAGCACAAGGGAGCACUAUGUUCUGCAAGGCACACGGUGGGGGAAAACGCUGCACUGCUCCAGGAUGCAGCAAGGGCGCUGAAGGGAGCACACCUUUUUGCAAAGGCCAUGGAGGAGGGAAAAGAUGUGCCUUCCAAGGUGGUGGGGUUUGUACUAAGAGUGUACAUGGAGGGACCAACUUCUGUGUGGCACAUGGAGGUGGAAAGAGGUGUGCUGUACCUGAGUGCACAAAAAGUGCUAGAGGACGGACACAUUUUUGUGUCCGCCAUGGUGGUGGAAAAAGGUGCAAGUUUGAAGGAUGUGGCAAAAGUGCACAAGGCAGCACCGAUUACUGCAAGGCACAUGGUGGAGGAAAGAGAUGCUCUUGGGGUCAUCCUGGAUCGGAAUAUGGUAAUCAACCUACUGGUCCUUGUAACUCGUUCGCUAGGGGUAAGACAGGUCUCUGUGCACUUCACAGUGGCUUGGUGCUGGACAAGAGGGUUCAUGGUGGUGUCACCUUGGGACCUUUGGUCCAGGACCCCAAGAUUAGCCAGUCUGAGAAGAUGAAAGAAGUUGUCACUGCAGAGGACAUGACCAUUGAUAUUGUGAAGAUGGGUACUAGUGCAGCGGCUUCAACAGGCAGAACUACUACUGAUUUGAAACAUUUUGGAGACUCAAGCACUCCUACAUCUGUCAGAGAAGCAGGUCUCUCAUCAAUUCCGGUUUUUGUAUCAGAAGGCAGGGUGCGUGGUGGCAGUUUGAUGGCAAUGAUUACUGGUGGUUUUGGUGUUGGCUCAAGCAGCAACCAAGUUGUAGCUGGAGAUCCAUCAGAGCCUAAAAAAUCAUAUGUGAUUCAUCAGAACUGGAUGUAAGAUUACUUCUUUCCUUUGUGUUUGAUUUGUUCUUAGCAAUUGAAACACUUUUUAGCUGUUUGGGCCCUUCACAUUUAUUUGGUUUAGUCUGUUGGUGUUUAGAAUUUGUUCUCGUUCAUUUGUCCAAAUGGAGAGAACAUGUAAGAUCCUCGACACCUUUGUGUGGGAAAACCAAGUAGGUUUAGUCAGCAUCAAGUCAGGUCUGGUGUUAUUUCUUGUAAAUAUUUGCAUCUUUUCAGCAGGUUGUGGUGUACACAGGUUGUAGCCUGUAAGGUCGGUUAGUUUGCCAAACAUUCUGGUGAUAAUAAAUCCUUUAAGCAGAGUCAUGUCACUGCUUCUGUGUU